AUGAAUAUCUCUGAAAGAAAGAAAGAACUAAACGUCAUCACUGUGGGUGGUGGCGUCGCUGGACUCUCCCUAGCGAAUAUGCUCGAGAAGUUUGGAAUCAACUACAGCCUUCUUGAAGCACACACGGAUCUAGCACCCCAAGCAGGGGCUAGCAUUGCGUUACUGCCUACGUAUCUUGGAUCAGCUAGGGCGCUAUCGCAUCUGAGAGUAUCAAGCAUAAACUUAAUUUACGUGGCCCAGGGGGAACAAUUCUCACUUUUCUGUGCAAUUAGAAAAGAGGUACGUCAUGAAUUACGUCUCAGAGUCCCAAUCCAUAUUCUCACCAGCCAUAGACUUGGUUAUCCCCAGGUUUUCACCGAGCGACAACAACUCCUUCGCAUCCUCUAUGAUAACUUGAAAGACAAGUCUCGUUGUAUGACGAACAAGCGCAUUGAGCGGGUUGAGUUGUGCCAAGAUAGAGUCCAAGUUCAUACAGAGGAUGGAUCGCUGUAUGAAGGGGAUGUUGUGCUGGGUGCAGAUGGAACUCACAGCAUUGUCAGAGAGCAGAUGUUGCGCGUUAUUCCAAAGUCGAUCCUCAAGAUCCCUGAUACAUUUUCUGUUUCAGCCGAUGUGCGAUGUAUGUUCGGAAUAUCGGAAAAUGUUCAAGCUCUACUACGUGACUCCGAAGACAUGAUAACUUAUCCCGGACGAAGUUACCUGAUUAUCUCAGGUCCAAGUCAUCGGACGUAUUGGUUCUUGUUUGAAUCAUUGAAUGAAACAAUACGUGGAACAAUCUUACCCCGAUAUUCAGAGGAAGAUGAAAUACGCAUGGUCGAAAGAUACGCCAAUGAUCACGUAGGAGAUUCGACAACUUUUCGGGGCGUCUAUCAACAUCGUUUAAGGUCUGCAUUAUUACCGAUGGAGGAAUUCGUCUCGACGAGAUGGAGUUAUGAUCGAAUCAUAACAAUUGGCGAUUCUGCGCAUAAGAUUGAUCCCAUAUCUGGCCAAGGUGGAAACAACGCGAUAGAAGAUGCAGCAACUCUCGUUAACUCCAUCACCCGCUGGCUUAGUAGUCAUCAUUCUCGCGAAGAAUCCAUAGCAAUAAUUUUAUCUACAGUUCAAACAAGUCGGAUAGAUCGAAUGAGGCAGCUUGCUAAGGAGGCACAUCUGCUACAAAGCAUACUCACUCGAAAAGCGUUCGCUUCACAGAUCGUUUCGAAAUACUUGGUGCCAGCACUCGGCAUAGAUAAGAUACUACUACGGCGAAUAAACGCAAUAUGUGUUGAGGCUCCGCAUAUAAAUGUGCUCCAAUACCUGCGAAAACACGCUCAACACCGUUCAAUGACGAGUUGUCAUCACGGCCAAAAAACAACCAACGAUCACGAAAGAGUAGUUGGAAUAUAUUCAUUGGGUUUAUGCUCAUCUGCUGCUAUUCUCUCAUGUUUCAUCAUUCGCCAUUUUUUGGAUAUUUCUUGUCUUAAGCAGUAA